AUGAUUAACAAAAUUUCAAAACAAAUUAACAAAAUCGACGACUCAUUCGUCAUCGACAUCAUAAUAGUAAUCCUAGCAAUCGGAAUCUUCUAUAUCUUGCUCUUCCCUACGUCGCGCGUGAGCACCCUAGCAUCUCCUCUGAACGACGACAUCCAACGCUCGCUUGUGAACCCAAACCUCAUCACCCUCCGCCAACACGCCGUUAUCUUCAAGACGUACCGCGAUGCGAAGCUGCGCGACGUCACCUUUAACAAAAACUUCCUUUCCGCCGGCUCUCUAUUAAUCCCGAAGCUGACCUCCUUCGGCAUUGCAGUACUCUCCAAGUACGCCGAAGACAGCAAAGCCGACUAUAUUCUCGUCGCAGAGCACCUGAUCGCGUCCUUGGACGCGAUCCUCCAAAAAUUCAAACCUCAGGACGUAAUCAACCGUUUGAAGCCUCGUUGGCGCGUAACGAUCCCACUAACGCGUAUGCUUGCGAUGUACAUGUACCUUGGGGAACAAUCCUCGAUUGCAAACAUCUGCUACCAGAGAAUCACCCAAUUCAUCCCGAAGAUCAACGAAUCAAUGACCUUUACGCUCACCGGCGCAGAUUUAGCGCGUGUGGCCAUCCCACGUCUGAUGGCGACGUACCUGAACGCCCGCGGGACUUUCAGAGAAGAAGUUAGGACCGACGUCUUCAAAUCUUUAGAUAGUGUCUUCAACGUCACUCGAAUCACCACCGCUGACGUCGAAGACGGCAUUUACGCAGAUGGAAUCUACGCAGACGGCUCCGCAAUCGUUCGCAGCGCGGCGAAUUUCGAAGAUCUAGUCUCAUUAGACUUCUACGCAAAGAUCUACGACGCGUUAGGCCGCAGGUCGAACAUCAACAGCCUAGUGACAUCGUUGUUUAACGACGUCCUUCAUCCAGAGCUGGAUUUUCUGCCCUUCGGGCUUUUUACGUCAGGUUCUGCGUCAGGGACUGAGUUACUGACGUCGCUUAAGGAGUACAAGCGUACGGCUACCGUAGGGACCAGAAUCUUUCCCUUUAUUGGCCUGGGAGUCUUCAAGGCGCCGAAAUUCGUCUUCUCUCUCCGCGUACAGCGACCUAACAUCGCGGCGUUUCAAAGCGAGGCGACAAACUACGCGCUAGGUUUGAUUCAGAUGCGCAAGAUGUUCCUCAACCAGACGUACGGAGACAAUUGGGGCUGGGAGACGAUCAAAAGCCAGCCUGGUGUUAUGAUUAUGAAGGAUACGAAGGGGAAGAUUGAUGCUUUGAAGGCUCAAGGGCAGCCGGUCUUUGCUGAUGAAGUAACGUCGUGCAUCGGACAUCUAGGUGACGUCAGGGUGAUGUUCUGGAUUAAUAAGUAUAAGCUCCAAGCUAUCUUUGGGAAACUUCAGGUGGCUGAGUAUGGGGUGGUUACUGAUAAUGGCCUGGUUUUAAGAUAUGUCGUCACAAAUGUGACGAAGACAGUGAUGAUUCAAGUCCAGGAUCCUAAUGUUGGUAAGGAGGUAAAAUUAAUUCCAGAUAGAGAGUUACAUGGUGACUCGUUUGUUUUCAAGGAAGGUGAGCAAGGGCUUAUUCAGUGGAGACAGGUCUUUGAUAAAGAUCGAGAGCCAAGGAAAAUUGACGUCGAAAAGGGAGUUAUGUCGUUUAGAUUUAAUGAUGACAGUUGGAAGGUUGAGGAUAUUGGGAAAAGUAGGUUUAUUGUACGGCGCGGGACGAAUAUUGAAAUGGCAGGUACUUCUAGUCCGGAUGUUAAUGAUAAAUUUUCGUAUAAUAUGAAAGAGUAUCUGAGAAAUCCUGUUAAGCUUAUGUAUUAUCUGAAAAAGUGA